CGGCUGUUCUGCUAGGUAGCGCUUGGCUUGCAGUGCAGUACGUGCGCAAUGGCGAACGACGUUGCCGACGCCGAGCACCGCGUAGAGGUGCCGGCGGAUACUACCGCCGGCAAGGCCGCAGCCGCCGCGCUGCCGGAGAAGUGGCUGAACCGCUUCGUUCGCGUGGUCGCGACGAUGGAGAGGUUUGGCAACGCGCUAGGCACGCUGGCCUUCACCUGGGCGACCGUCGUCCUGCUCGGCGGCUACCCCACGGUGCUCCGUCCCAAUCAUGAUUUCCUGUUUGCGGCGAUCAUAAUCUUCCUGGAAGCCCUGAGCACGACGAAGACCAUGACCUGCAGCGUAUCCGAUCAGUGCGAAGAGGACGAUGACCGGAGCAGUGCGGCUGUCAACGUGGGCGUGUGGCCUGAGAUGGACGUGAGUGUGGUGGAGUUUCAAGGAGCUGCCGAGGGACCUCGCCUGGUGCUUGCGUUGCCUUUCAAUCAGACUGCAAUUUGCGACAAGCAUGCCUAA